AUGAGCUGGUUAUCGUCAUUUUCUCCAUUAUUGAAAACCACUGGAUCGUUAAUGAAAUUCCAAUCCCCAUCUUUAAUAGCUGUCAGAACAUUAAUGAAGACACAUAAAGGUGCUGCAAAGAGAUGGAGAAGAACGAGUACAGGUUUCAAGAGAGGUAUUGCUGGAAGAAACCAUGGUAAUGCUGGUUGGUCUCAACGUUCAAUGAAAGUAUUAAGUGGAAGAAAAACAGAGGAUAAAACCUAUGUUAAACAUCUCAAGAAGUUAUUACCUUAUAGUUAA